AUAAAUUUUCCCAGUUCAAUAUACACGUAUAUGUGUGAGAAAAUAGUUUUUAAAAAUAUUUAUAAAUAUUUCUAUUUAAAUUUAAAUAUUUUUUUAUUUAUAUUUAUUUUAAUAAAUAUGACUAGUUAAGAAACAGUAUUAUCUUUUUCCUUUCUAUCUCUCUUUCUAUUAGAUCACUAUGCUACGCAUUAGAAUUGGAGGUUGAUGUAAGAUUUUAAAUUAAAAUUUAAGUUUUAUACAACGAGGUUUAAAUUAUUCAUUAAAAUUGUACGUUUGAAACCAGAAAUUGAUUAGUCAAGGAUAUUGAAUAGGGAAUUCUAGAGAAAUUGGAUGUUGGUCGUAAGUUUAGCAGAAAAUUUUCAAGUUGCACGACACAACCUCAGACGACGUGUUGUUUAUCCCUUGAAUCACUCUCUCCGUACGUAUUUUAACACGUUCACUCUGAUUUCCUGAUAUAAAUCGCAAAUGUAAUAGACAAUCAUGUCGUUGGACCAGACAGUAUGCGAAGUACCUGUUUCUGCACUUUCAGACCUGAAGGCUUUUGAGAGACGGCUGACUGAGGUUAUAGCUAGCCUACAACCUGCAACAUUAAGAUGGAGAAUGCUAUUGGGUUUUAUCUCAGUUUGUACUGCUGUGGGUGCUUGGCAUUGGUUAACAGACCCUAAUACAUCGGCAGUAUCCUUCACACAAAGUCUAUGCAAUCAUCCAUUCUUUACUAUGGCUAGCAUAAUAUUAGUGAUAUUGUUUAUGAUGGGAGUACAUAGACGUGUAAUAGCACCCAGUAUUAUAACUCAACGUGCCAGAAGUGUUCUUGGUGAUUUCAAUAUGAGCUGCGAUGACACUGGAAAAUUGAUUCUAAAGCCUACAAGACCUCCACAUCCACAUGAGACUUAAGAGUAAUACAUUUUAUUCAAAUAAUGAUUUGGAAUGUUCAUAACUCUACUAAAUGUGAAUAUGGAAUGUUGAUCUUCUUGGAUAUGUUGUGUGUAUACUGUGAGAUUUACUAUAAGAUUAUGACAAAUGAGAAACUUAUCUAUUUUGAAUUUGAAUUUAGUUAAACUGUACAUAUAUAAUCCUGUAAAUUCUUUAAAAUCUUUUAUUAUGUACAAUGUCUAUAUAUAUUGUGACAAUUUAAAAUGUUCAAUACUUUUUAAAGGAAUAACGUAUCAAUUGUAUAUUUAGGAAAACUCAUUGAUCACUAGUGGAUUAGAUUUAUUUAGGUAAAUCAUGAAAUUGAUGUUAGAGACCCAGCAAAUCAUGUAACGUAUACGUAGCAAAAUUGACAUAUAUGUUGGACAUGUUGAUAUAUUUUGAUAUAAUGUACAUAUAGAAUGAAUCGAUAUUUGUACAGUUUAGUAAAUUGCAUAGAAAACUUUAUUUUAGCAAUAAGAUAGUAGUCAAACUGUAAUCAAAUCAUCUGUCAAAGGUCUUCUUACUUGAAUGAGUUUAUAAAUUUCACAGUCCAUGUAAGUCCUGUGUUCAAAUAGUUAAGAUGGUAAAUCAAAUGGAUUAUGCAUCACCAUCUGUAUAUAAAUGCCUAUUCAUAAGUGCUCAAUGUAAAAUACGCGUUUUCCAAUAGAGUUAAGUAAAUGCGUGAUAUCCAUUAAAGAUCAAGAAAUGGAUUGUUGUAAUGGUUCCAAUAUACAAAAAAUCCAUAUUUAUGGAUGACAUAACAAAAUAGUCAAUUAGGACUAUCUAUAUGAUAAUAUCUAUGUUAAUAUAUAUGCUGGUGAUACGACAAGAUUUAUUGUAUUUAUUAGAAUGAUUAUAAUAUAAUUUUUCUUUAUACAAACCACA